AUGACCACCCCUCCCAUCGUCCUCGAUGGCGGCACCGGCUUCCUCAAAGUCGGCUACGCAGCCCAAAACUUUCCCGAAUUCCAAUAUCCGUCCAUCGUCGGCCGUCCUAUCCUCCGUACCGAAGAGAAAGGUGGCAGCGACAUGGUGAUCAAGGACAUCAUGUGCGGAGACGAAGCCGCAGCGGCCCGUACCAUGCUCCAAAUCAGCUACCCCAUGGAGAACGGCAUAGUCAAGAAGUGGGAUGACAUGCAACAUCUUUGGGACUACACUUUUUAUGAAAAGAUGAAGAUCGAUCCACGCGGCCGCAAGAUCCUCCUGACCGAGCCACCGCUGAAUCCCCUAAAGAACCGAGAGCAAAUGUGCGAGGUCAUGUUUGAGCGCUACGGGUUUGGCGGUGUCUACGUCGCCAUUCAAGCCGUCCUCGCGCUGUAUGCUCAAGGCCUGAGCUCCGGUGUAGUGGUCGACUCUGGCGAUGGUGUGACGCAUAUCGUUCCCGUGUACGAGUCCGUCGUCUUGAACCACCUUACCCGCCGGCUCGAUGUCGCGGGUCGCGAUGUCACGCGCAACCUUAUUGCUCUGCUGCUCCGCAGGGGUUACGCCCUUAACCGCACCGCCGAUUUCGAGACGGUUCGCCAGAUCAAGGAGAAGCUAUGCUACGUUUCUUACGACCUCGAACUGGACAAGCGGUUAAGUGAGGAUACGACAGUACUGGUGGAGAGCUAUACACUGCCGGACGGCCGGGUCAUUCGCGUUGGGUCUGAACGGUUCGAAGCCCCCGAGUGCUUAUUCCAGCCGCAUUUGGUAGACUGCGACCAACCGGGUAUCGCUGAAUUCCUUUUCAACACGAUCCAGUCGGCCGAUGUCGACGUCCGAGCCUCGCUCUUCAAGGCCAUUGUGCUGUCAGGCGGCAGCAGCAUGUACCCGGGUUUACCCUCACGUCUGGAAAAAGAACUCAAGCAACUGUGGCUGACAAGGGUACUGGGAGGGAACCCUGAGCGCCUGAGCAAGUUCAAGGUUAGGAUAGAAGAUCCGCCGCGGAGAAGGCACAUGGUCUUCCUCGGCGGCGCUGUGCUUGCCAACAUCAUGGCAGAUAAUGAGAACAUGUGGAUUUCGAAGCAGGAGUGGGAAGAGCAAGGCCCCCGGGUUCUGGAGAAGCUGGGUCCGAGAUAG